UGAUCAAGGCUAUUAAGGCCAGCCACUGGGGGAACAAACUAAAAGACAGGAAUAGAAGAAGACACAACAUAAUUUGAAAUUAGAAAUAUGGGUCACCAUUCAUGCUGCAACCAACAGAAGGUUAAGAGAGGGCUUUGGUCCCCCGAGGAAGAUGAGAAACUCAUCAGAUACAUCACCACUCACGGCUAUGGUUGCUGGAGUGAAGUUCCAGAGAAAGCUGGGCUUCAAAGGUGUGGAAAGAGUUGUCGCUUGAGAUGGAUUAAUUAUUUGAGGCCGGAUAUUAGAAGAGGCAGGUUUACACCUGAAGAGGAGAAGUUAAUUAUAAGUCUUCAUGGGGUCGUUGGCAACAGAUGGGCUCACAUUGCAAGCCACUUGCCUGGUAGAACUGACAACGAAAUAAAGAACUAUUGGAAUUCAUGGAUCAAAAAGAAAAUUCGAAAGCCUUCGGUGCCAUCAUCAAUCACCACAGCACAAAGUGUUGAUCACCCCCAGUUCAAUUAUAAUUCCAAUCAACUAGAUCACUUUGCUACCCAAGAAAAUGUAACAGCAAAGCCACCGGUACAAGAAACCUUAUUUUCCUCCACGUGCCCCCUAUUUAUGUUUGACACUAGUUCACUAGAUGGGACAGCAACAGACACCAAUGUACGACCAGAACUGUUCCAAGAUUCUAUGGGUUUGAGCUCUGAAACGUGGAACUUGAGCCAUCAUCAAGUUCAAGCCCUUCAUCCUCAACCAGCAGCAACUUUUACAACAGCUGCAGUUAUGGAUACUACGAAUUAUCUGCCACCAUUGGUAGAUAACGUGGAAAACAUGGUGCCAAAUAUUGAAGUGCAAUCUUGUAGUUUGGACGAGGAAGGAGAAAUAGCAUUGGAGUGUCUGCAGAGACAAGAGUUGAAUGAGUGGGUGGAGAAUCAACAACAGUGUCCAAGCUUUCUUUUCUGGGACAGUGUUGAAGGACAUCUUGGAGGGGAAGAACUAGGACCAAACUCGUCAAAUAUGGGAACCAAUACACUUUCUCCUUUUCCUUCCUCUUUAUGACUACCAACACUGUCCCCACUCUUCUUCUCAUGCUCCCUCUAACUAGGAAGAGUUUUCAGGAAUGGUCCAGGCCAGGCUGAAACUUGCAGAGAUUGGGUCUUCUUCUUCUUCUUCUUUUCAUUAUUUUUUUCCCACUCUUUUGAUUGCUGAUUGGAAAGAUUGCGAAAAAUGAGUGAAGAUAAUAUAUGUUAUAUAUAACCAAGCGUGAAGUGUUUAUUGAGUGUUUUGACAUGGAAGAGGAAAAAAAAAAAGAAAAAAGAAAGAAAGAAUAAUAAUCAUAAUAA